AUGGUUGAUUGUGAGACGAAACGGCAGCAAGUAGUCGAUGGUUGCAAGAGACUGCCUGCUACUGCAGUGCGACCUAGGAGACCCGCAAUUAUAGACGUAAUGGGGUACGAUACGGCCGAAAGCGGUAUGCUAGUCGUUGCCUCUUUGGCCGCUACUGCUGCCGGCCACGGCUUGAAUGUGGUUGCGUCGGCAUCGGCAUCUUCGAUCUUGCCACCGAAGCUCAAAAGUAGAUAUGAGUGGCCAAUGCGUGCCCAUACUCCAGCUUCGGCCUGCUUUGUCCCCUGGGGUAUUACGGGGUGUCCACAACGACGACAGUCUGGAGCAUCUUUGAGUUGCCGGUUUUCCGGUCAAGAACCCACUGUGACGAGUGUGAAGUCAGGCAAGAUCUGGGCCCUCGAGUGCAUAACAUCAUCUACUGCGCCGCAAUGCUACGCAACUCCUGCGAGAUAUAGGGAGGAAUCACCAGUUGACUCGACAGUACUGUGCAAUCAGACCUAA